AUGGAUCGCGACCCAGACACUGGAAGCAUCAACAUGAAUCAAAGACACUCCAUCGUUCAGGAACUAGCUCGGCAGUAUACGAAACAGUCCGCGAUCUCUGUCGGCGAUUCAUCCUCUAUCUUUGCCAGCACCGACCCCGACUCCCCCCUGAACCCUCGUGGUGACAAGUUCAACGCACGAACUUGGGCCAAGACAGUCGCCAAAGCAGCUGGCGACCGAGGCCAAGGCUUUCGUCGUGUUGGACUGUGUUUCCAAAACGUCAAUGCCUUUGGAUAUGGCACACCGACUGACUUUCAAAAGGAUGUGGGCAAUGUCUGGUUGGCGUUGCCGGCCAUGACGCGCCGCCUGUUCUCCAAGACAGCUGGCCAAACCCGCAUUGACAUUCUUCGACAAUUCGACGGUCUUAUUCGUCCUGGGGAGAUGUGUGUUGUCUUAGGACCGCCUGGUUCAGGUUGCUCGACGUUUCUCAAGACCAUUUCAGGCGAGACCAAUGGCAUUUACAUCAACAAAGAGAAUGCCUACUUCAACUACCAGGGUAUUCCAGCUGACGAGAUGCACACCGCGCACCGAGGUGAUGCAAUAUACACUGCCGAGGUCGAUGUGCACUUUCCGCAGAUGACGGUUGGCGAGACUUUGACUUUUGCUUCUCGUGCUCGCUGUCCAAGGGAUCUACCCGAGGGCGUGACUCGCAACCAAUACUGCGAACACUAUAGAGAUGUAGUUAUGGCUAUGUACGGCAUCAGCCACACUAUCAACACCAAGGUUGGAAACGACUUUGAGAGAGGCGUGUCUGGAGGCGAACGCAAGCGAGUCACCAUCGCCGAGGCGACUCUUUCGAACGCGCCUUUCCAAUGCUGGGACAAUUCAACCCGCGGUCUCGACUCUGGCAAUGCUAUCGAGUUCUGCAAGACCCUGCGCCUCCAGUCAGAGCUCUUUGGCCAAACCUGCGCCGUCUCGAUUUACCAAGCCCCGCAAAGCGCCUACGACCUUUUCGACAAAGCGACUGUCCUAUAUGAAGGGAGGCAGAUCUACUUUGGCCCAGCAUCCAAGGCCAAGGAAUAUUUCGUCAACCUCGGAUUCGAAUGCCCAGCUCGUCAGACCACUCCCGACUUUCUCACUUCCAUGACAUCGCCGACGGAACGCAUUCCUCGCGCCGAAUGUAAUCCACCACGAACACCCGAUGAGUUUGCAGCAGCUUGGAAGGCAAGCCAAGAGUACAAAGCUUUGCAAGUAGAGAUCGAAGAAUACAAGACCCAGCACCCUCUCAACGGACCCGACGCCGAGACUUACAGACAACUCAAAAAGUCAGCUCAAUCCAAGGGUCAACGUCUCAACUCGCCAUACAUCUUAACCUACUCUCAACAAGUCCAGCUCUGUCUCUGGCGCGGAUUCAAGAGACUCAUCGCGGAUCCUUGGAUGACUGUCGGAAUGCUCAUUGCAAACCUGGUCCUCGGCCUUAUCGUCUCUUCUUUGUUUUACAACAUGCAAAUGGACACCGGUUCAUUCUUUACUCGCGGUUGCGUCCUUUUUGUGUCUAUUCUCUUCAACGCUUUCGCUUCGGCCCUCGAGAUCAUGACGCUCUAUGACCAGCGACCCAUUGUGGAAAAGCAUUCUCGGUAUGCAUUUUAUCAUCCGUCCGCUGAGGCAUAUGCUUCUGUUCUCGUCGAUCUCCCAUAUAAGGUCCUCAACGCGAUUGUCUUCAACCUGGUCUUUUACUUCAUGACCAACCUCCGUCGAGAGCCUGGUCCUUUCUUUUUCUACCUGUUUGUGGUAUUUCUCAUCGUCAUGGCCAUGUCUGGCGUCUUCAGAUCAAUCGCCUCCAUGUCACGCACCGUGUACGAAGCCGAGAUUCCUUCUGCAGUUCUACUCAUUGCCCUGAUUGUCUUUACCGGCUUUGUCAUCCCCGUCGAUUACAUGCUCGACUGGUGUCGAUGGAUCAACUACCUGAAUCCUGUGGCCUACGGCUUCGAGUCGCUUAUGGUCAACGAGUUCCAUAACCGAGACUUCAAGUGUUCGAGUUACAUCCCAGACUACGCCGAUGCCCACUCAAGCUCUGUGGCAUGUAACGCUAUUGGUGCCAUCCCAGGCCAGGCCUAUGUCAACGGAGACGCCUACAUCAACUCGGCAUACAGCUACUAUCACGCCCACAAGUGGAGAAACGUCGGUGUUGUGAUUGCCAUGAUCAUCUUCAAUCACGCCGUCUACUUUAUCGCCACCGAGUAUAUCACGGCCAAGAAGUCCAAGGGCGAAGUCCUCGUUUUCCGCAAAGGCUUUAUCCCGCCAAGCUCCGUCAAUGCCAGCAACGACAUCGAAAAGUCGACUUCUAAUUUUCUAACUGUCGUGAGAAAGCCCGACAACAACACCCUCAACACCAAGGGAGCCUUCCAAGGUUCGGUCAGCGUCUUCCACUGGAACAACGUCUGCUACGACAUAAAGGUCAAGAAGCAGCCUCGUCGCAUUUUGGAUCACGUGGAUGGUUGGGUCAAACCCGGCACGCUCACGGCCUUGAUGGGAGUUUCAGGCGCGGGAAAAACUUCGUUGUUGGAUUGCUUGGCUGAUCGAGUUGGUACGGGUGUUAUCACCGGGGAGAUGCUGGUGGACGGAAAGAUGCGUGACCAUAGCUUUCAGCGCAAGACGGGCUAUGUUCAGCAGCAAGAUUUGCAUCUUGAGACCAGUACCGUUCGAGAGGCCUUGGAAUUCUCUGCUCUCCUCCGUCAACCGGCCAGCACGCCUAAGAAGGAGAAGCUAGCGUACGUGGACGAAGUGAUCCGCCUCCUCGACAUGGAAGAGUAUGCCGAUGCGGUUGUCGGCGUUUUGGGCGAAGGUCUCAACGUCGAGCAACGCAAGCGUUUAACCAUUGGCGUUGAACUUGCCGCGAAGCCGCCUCUCCUUCUCUUCGUCGACGAGCCAACAUCAGGUCUCGACUCACAGACCAGCUGGGCUGUCUUGGAUCUGCUCGAGAAGCUAUCAAAAGCCGGUCAGAGCAUCCUCUGCACGAUUCAUCAACCUUCUGCUAUCCUGUUUCAGCGAUUUGAUCGUCUUCUCUUUCUUUCCAAGAACGGCCGCACUGUUUACUUUGGCGACAUUGGUGACCACUCCAAGAUCCUCACCGACUACUUUGAGCGAAACGGCGCCCCGGCUUGUCACCCCGGAGAGAACCCAGCUGAAUGGAUGCUCGAAGUCACUGGAGAUGCCCCAGGAAGUCAAUCCGACACUGACUGGCACCAAAUCUGGCGCUCCAGCCCAGAGUAUCAAGCCGUUCAGGACGAAUUAGCUCGCCUGCGGUCUCUCGGCGCUGAACAAUCAUCCAACGACGCUCACGACCCUGCCUCUUAUAUCGAAUUCGCUGCACCUCUCUCGGACCAAUUCUUCAUCGUCAUCCGCCGCGUUUUCCAACAAUACUGGCGCACGCCGACCUACAUCUACUCAAAGUUCAUCCUCUGCAUCUCCGUCAGCUUGUUCAUUGGCCUCGUGUUCCUCAACGCCCCUCUCACAAUCCAAGGUCUUCAAAACCAGAUGUUUGCUCUUUUUGAGUUCUGCAGCAUCCUGGGACAACUAGUGCAGCAACAGCUACCGCAUUUCGUUACGCAACGAAACCUCUAUGAGGUCCGUGAACGUCCUUCAAAGACGUAUUCUUGGAAGAUCUUCAUGUUCAGUCAGAUCAUUGUCGAAAUCCCCUGGAAUAUUCUGGCUUCCGUCUUUAUGUGGGCGUUCAUUUACUUUCCGGUUGGAAUGUAUAAGAACGCCGACGUAGCCGGCCAAAGCCCAGAGAGAGGUGCCUUGUCUUGGCUUCUCUUCCUCCAAUUUCUUUUGUUCACCUGUACAUUUGCCAACAUGUGCAUUUCCUUUACUGAUUCGGCUGAAGGCGGAGGCAGUGCUGCGAACCUGCUCUUCAUGCUUGUCUUCUUCUUCUGUGGCGUCUUGGCCUCACCUACCUCGAUGCCUGGUUUCUGGAUUUUCCUCUAUAGAGUCUCGCCUCUGAAUUAUUGGAUCUCGGCCGUCUUGUCCACCGGAAUCGCCAACGUGGACAUUACAUGCGCAGCCAACGAGUAUACCACCAUCAUCCCACCUGCGAACCAGACUUGUGGCGACUAUAUGGCCAAGUACAUGUCAACCAUGGGAGGUUACUUGUUGGAUCCAGAAGCUACAAGCGAUUGCAAGUACUGUAAGAUGAAGGAGACCAACAGCUACUUGGCAGGCAUCAGCUCUCACUACGAUGAGAGAUGGCGCAAUUUCGGCAUUGGCUGGGCUUACAUUGUUUUCAACGUCAUUGCUGCCUUGGUUCUAUACUAUUUGGUUCGAAUGCCCAAGAGGAACAAGAAGCUCUAG